ACCGCUGAACGUCGUGAUCGUGUGUUUGUAGGUUGUAGGUACGCGCGCACGUGCACUUUUCAAAAAUAACAAUAAAUAAAUGUAAACGCAUUUUCUGAGGAUGUGAUUUACAGUAAAAAACAAACAAACAAAAAAACCGAGUUCAUUCACAUUUACUGUGUGAAUGUGUGUGUGCGUUGUACUUUGGCCACUGUCGGGGACAGACAGAGUAGGGACAAAGUUCACCGAGCACAUGUGAGGGGGAGGGAGGAAAAGAGGAGGAAGAAUGAAAAAAAAAGAGAAAAAAAAGAAAAUUGACCUUUGAAAGGAAAACAGCAGGUGGAGAGCUAAAACAAGGGGCAGCUCCGAAGUCGCACCGAGGGAAAAUGAAGUGAUAAACGCAGCUAUGAUGAGGCCCGACACUGACGGUCCGGCUGUGGUCUGAGCACGCGCUCGUGCACAUGACAGCAGGGCUCUGUUGACCAGGCGAGGUAAGACACGGUGCGUGUCAUGGAGAGAGAGGACGAGGGCCGGCCCGGUGCUCUGACCCCCCUGCAGCAGCAGCUGAUCUGGGCUCUGCUCGAGUCCGGCCUGUCCCGGGACAUCCUGGUCCAAGCCAUGGGGGAGCUGGAGCAGGAGAGAGCCGGCGCUGGGGCGAGGAAGGCCGAACGCGGGGACGGGGAGAGUUCGGAGGAAGGAGAAAUGGACUUCCAGCCGCCCAUCUUCAGGGAGUUGGAGCAGCUGUCCCCGGAGGACGUGGCCAAGAUGAGGGUCGAGGUGGAGCGCCUGCUGCAAGAGGAUCCCUGGCACGUGGCGAAAAAGGUGAAAACCUACAUGCAGCAGCACAACCUCCCCCAGAGAGAGGUGGUGGAGUCCACGGGUCUGAACCAGUCCCACCUCUCGCAGCACCUCAACAAAGGCACGCCCAUGAAAAACCAGAAGAGAGCUGCCCUGUACAGCUGGUAUGUCAAGAAGCGGUGCGAGAUCAGCCAGCAAUUCACCAAUGCCAAACACGGCCUGGCAUCGCUUGAAGAACAGGACAGAAAAGGACGGAGGAACCGAUUCAAGUGGGGUCCGGCGUCGCUGCAGAUCCUGUUCCAGGCCUACGAACGACAGAAGAAUCCCAGCAAAGAGGAGAGAGAAGGGCUGGUGGAAGAAUGUAACAGGGCAGAGUGUCUCCAGAGGGGAGUGUCCCCCUGUCAGCUAGCCGGACUGGGCUCCAACCUGGUGACCGAAGUCCGGGUCUACAACUGGUUCGCCAACCGCAGGAAAGAGGAGGCCUUUCGUCAGAAGCUGGCCCUCGACACACCCUUCGGCAACCAAUCAGCUUCAUCCGUCAACCUCAACCUUCAGUCCAGCCCCGAGCACGGUGUCAAAUACAACCAGCAGAUCCUGUGUGACACCAUCGCUUCUGCCAAGGGUGGUGCUGGACGUCACGUGAUCAGUCCAGUUCAGCUGGAGCCCAGCCACACACUCCUGGAGACCCACAACCCGAAGCAGCUGUCCAGUGGCGGUCCACUGCCCCCCGUAAGCACUCUGACCUCCCUACACAACCUGUCCUGCUCCACCGCGUCCUCACAGGGGCUCAUCAUGGCGUCCCUGCCCAGUGUAAUGAGUCUGGGGGAGUCUUCGCUGCUGAUUGGUCUGGCCUCCACGCAGCCACAGACGGUCAUAAACAACGUAGGGGCCAGCUUCACCACGCUUCAGCCGAUCUCGUUUCAGCAGCAACUUCACGGGUCUCCGCAGCAGCCAAUCACGCAGCAACUUCAGAGUCACAUGGGAGCCAAUCCCUUCAUGGCCACCAUGACGCAGCUGCCGUGUCACAUGUACGCCAAGUCGGACUCGCCCCAGUACCAUCCGUCCAGUCUGCUGUCCCAGGCCAUGGUCAUCACAGACAGCAGCAGCCUGGGGACGCUGACCAGCCUCACUGCCGUCAGACAGAUUUUAACAUCGGACCCGGAAGAGCAGACGGACCAGAGUUUACCGGAAGAUUCUUUGCAUCUGCAGCCACAGACGCCUGUUCCAGGUACAACACCAACACCGAGUCCCAGUCACAGCUGGGUGACGUGCGUUCCUUCACUGGCCUCCUCGUCGGAGAGUCUGGAGCUCUAUCCUUCCUCUCAGGCCUCAGACAGCCACCAGUCUCACCUCCUGUCGCCCUCACCGGCCGACAUCAGCUCCUACAUCCCUGCGCAGCUGGUCUCCACUGCCCAGUAGACGGACAGGGAAUCGAACGCUGCUGUAAACCUGCGUUGACCUCUGGUGACCUCUGUUCCAAACCCUGCGGAGUUGAAGGUUUUUCCCUCUACUCUCCGACUCAAAUUCCAUAAAAACUGUACCAAUGAACAAGGACUCGCUUUAACAAGGAUCAGACACGAAUGACAAUCAACUGAAAAUCAACACCGACAACGUACGUUUGAAAUGUUUUACGAAAUUGAAAAAGUGUUCCCCCUGCUGUUUUUCCCUUAAAUGUAAUUUUUCUUGUUCAUAAAAUAUCUUAAAGUUCAUUAAAUUUUCAACUAUUUGCAGUA